AUGGCGUCCAAGGCUACAGAGCCCAAACAUGGGCUGCGUACCUCGAGAUCUUUUACCCGGCAAGAGUCACAACCACCAGAGCCCCUGACUAGGACCCAGAGGGCCAACACCUUUCAAAAUGGGAGCACGAAGCCGACCUCGAGAGCGGAACCCGAUGCGUUUGAAACUCCUGAGUCCGACGACCCCAUUGAACCGCCUCGAGCAUCGGUGGACAUGGACGACAUUCCCAUAGAAUUGGUUAGCAAGAUUGACAAUUUUAUCGACUCUCUCUCUGCCAAAGUCCACGCUGCUCCGCCGAAUAUUGACGACAUCUCGAGGCGUUUCCAGGACUUCUAUAAUACGGCCGCCCAGCUGAUACAAACACACAUUUCAAGUUUAUCCACGAUACAGAACCGAAGCUCGCCGCGACCUUCGGUGACGACAAGACCAUCGGCAGCAAGUAUUCUCAGAGCCAAAGCUGCAGCACUGGGAAGCAAGGAAAAGGCAAAGGCGCCAGAAGUCGACCAACAAAUGCUUACGCCAGAUGAGCUAGCCAAUCGAAAGAGGGCUAGAAAAGCAUUGGAACACAAGAGAUUACUGCUCGAGGAGGCCGUCGAAAGGCGUUUGUGUGAGGGUAUUUAUGACCGGAUAUAUCGUCACAGAACCACGCAAGAUGAAGCACAGGACGACAAGCUCAGGUCCAAGACGGCUGCACUAUCUGUGGUUGGCAUUGGACCAACAGACCUUGGUGUUGAUAUUGGCGAACUACCCGAGGACAACAUUGCGGCCGUGGCAAAGAAGCAAGAAGAAAUUUCCCAAAGUCUUGAACAAGCACGAAAGGACCUUACCCUCAUGACUGAGAAGCGAUAUCCACUUGGCAAGCUCAACUACCUCAAAGCCACCCACAAGAGCAUCGUCGACACACUAUCACACUUUCACCCUUCCUCAUCGGCUGAUGAAAUCAUGCCAAUGCUCAUUUAUACCUUGAUAACGAUGCCUCCGGAGAAACUGCACGUAGUCAGCGACUCCAAAUUCAUUGAAAGGUUUCGAUGGGAAGAGAAGUUGGACGGCGAAGCUGCCUAUUGUCUGACCAACCUGGAAGCAGCUAUAAAUUUUCUGGAAACGGUUGAUUUGGCCAGCCUGAGAGCUAGCGAAGCACUUUCUGGGCCGCCAAAACGCGAAAACAGCCCAGAUAUAACAAAAACGGAAACUUUUCCACCUGCUUACACUGCGGGGAUUUCGGCUACCUCUUCGACGCCUGCAAUUGUCACUCCUGCGAGCGCUUCUGGACUAAAGGCACCUCCAUCUCCCACCAGCGCCAGGGCUGCGGCGCAGCGUCGUCGGCUUAGUGAUUUGAUACAAACGCCAGCGCAGGCAAUCGGAAGUGCUAGAGACUCUUUCUUUGACACAGCAGAUCAGGGAAUCAAGAAUAUUACCAACAGUCUUGGGGAUAGCUACAAGUUCUGGCUAGGAAAGAUCCGUGAGGACUCCAAAGAGCUCGUGGUCCCAAAGACACUGGAAGACGCCAGGAAGCUGAUCGGAACGCCACCCCCUGAUGACGACGAUCCAGCUGAUACUUCACGCUCAAGUCGCAGAGGUGCUGAGCACGACGCCCAGACGCUUGGAAGGGAGGACAGAAUGUUGAGUCUUGUCGGUGGUAGAAAGGCGUCCGUGGCCUCGAGAGAUCGCAGUGCGGAUAGCACACGAAGUGCAAGCAGCUCGAAAAAGGUGGCCUUUUCUGCUGAAGACAACAAGGAAAAGGCAGCAAGUUCUGCGGCCAACCCCAUGAUAUCGUCUUCACCCAUCAACCCCAGUCUGGUUGAGCAGGCACGAAAUCUCGGAAACUCGUUGAACCCGAUGAACAAGUUUUCUGGCAUGAUACGCCCAUUUGGCCGCUCGGUCACGACGCCAGUGCAGGCGUCAACACCUCCACCAAAGGACAGUGCUGGUAAGCCGGUGGAUGGUGGUGAUUUAGCUACCGCCUUUCCCGAUAUUGCAGCAGCACUGCCUCCGAAAGAGGUCAAGAUUCCACAGAUUAAACCACCAAACAAGAGAUUUAUAGAAUUGCAAAACCCUGCUGAUCUCAAAUUGGGCGAGGUCCUUGAACUUCUCCGGGAUUAUAGACGGUUGGCAGGGGCACUAAAGGAUAUGGGCGCAUUCAAGGAAACAUAG